UAACCUAACCUAAAAAUUUUCAAGAAGUGUUUUGGAUUCUGGAUUCGCUUUGAUUUCGAUCCAAUCUCCUGAAUUCAAUGAAUUACUAAUUAUGUCUGGAAUUGAGGUGUUAAUUGAGGACCCAUCAACACAUCCCAGUUGUGUACAUGGUCCAACUCUGUUAUUCUCGAGAGAAAUUGAUGGACAUAAACGGUUUUAUUAUGCCUGUUCGGCGUGCAGGGAUAGAAAGAAAUGCUCUUUUUUCGUGUGGAAGGAUGAAUUAGAGAAAUAUGUGAACAAAAAGAUCAACAAGCAGAUUGUGGAACAUCAGAAAUCAAUAAAUCACCGUUCGUUAUUCCUGAAGUUGAAUAAGGUAAAAGCAGUACCAGAAAAUCAAAGAAUUUAUUGUAACACUUGUGAAACAUUAGAUAUUGUAGACGCUUCUCAUAAGGAUCAUGACAUAAAGAGUGGAGUUACCGACUAUGAGCUAGAACAUCCUUCUGAGUUUCUCACUCCCCUUGAGGACUCUAAAAAGGAGGCUCAAUAUCUAUUUUCGAAAAAAUGUGUCAAGAGUAUAAUAGAAAUGCUGGAGCACUUAGGAAAGAAAAAUAUUAUAUGUAUUGGAACACCCAGGAUAUUUGAGUAUAUCAACAGUGAUAUCUCCCUUGGUAUGAACGCUAUUUUACUUGAAUUUGACUCUAGAUAUCACUCAUUUUUUGGACCAUUACAAUUUUCAUGGUUCAAUUUAUUUAAUAAUCACUUUUUCAAAGAAGAAGGUAGAGCAGUAUUUAAGGAUUUUUUGAAAUCUACCAAUGUUUCAGAUACCAUUUUAAUAACAGAUCCACCCUUUGGAGGGAGAGUUGAGCCAAUUGCUGAUACAUUGAGCAAAUUGAAUGACGAAUUCAAAAGAGUUCAUAAAACUGACCAGGACUUACCUAUGUUUUGGAUAUUUCCGUAUUUUAUGGAACCAUAUAUCCUCAACUGGAUGGAGGAUUUCUCCAUGUUGGAUUACAAAGUGGAUUAUGAAAACCAUCCUCUUUUUCAAAAAGGAAAAGGAGCUAGGAAAUUUGGUUCACCAGUAAGGAUCUUCACUAAUUUAGAACCAAGUUCAAUAACUUUACCAGUGGAAGAAGGGUAUAAGUAUUGCAGUAUUUGUGAGAAAUGGGUAUCUGAAGAAAACAAACAUUGCGAUGAUUGUGGAGCUUGUACAUCCAAAGAUGGUCGUACAUAUAAUCACUGUAUUAUAUGCGAGAAAUGCGUCAAGCCCACAUGGAAACAUUGUAAAAAUUGCAAUAAGUGCACUAACGAAACUCACAAAUGUGAAGAAAUACCCUUCACUAAGACCUGUUUACACUGCAAGCAACAAGGACACAAGAAAAUAAACUGUCCAAGUUUAGAUCAAAAAGAAGAAACGAAAAAAAGGAAAUUGAAGGUGAAGAUGAAGAAUAAAACGAAGAAAUUAAAAAAAUAAAUAUAUUUCCAAAGAGUUAUUUACAUUCAAUACAUUGUAUUAAUGAUUUUGAUGAAUUGUAAAAUGAUGUAUAUUGGAUAAAAAUAUAUGUACACUUUUUUA